CCAAAAAGAAAAAUGAUUUAAACGUUUUAGUCAUGAAUGGAAUUGGUUCAAUUCGAGUGUCAGGGGGAUUCCCACUUUCGCUUUCCACUAGAUGUAUCUCAUUGGAAAUCGAAAGUUUAAAGCUUGAGUUUAUUCUGUCCUGUAACUGGGUCCAGGAGGAGCUGGAGAGGGAGUUACGUGUGUUUUACGCCUGUGUGGAGUGGCCAGACACUACUGACACUGAACUCUACAUCCGAUGUACUGACCCCGCCAGAGACAUAUUAAACUGGAAAAAAGAUGUAGAAGGAUGUUUUGAACACUUUGUUAAUACAAUAUCUGUUAGUUCAACGCCCCUAGAGUCUCGUGAAUAUUCCCACAUCUCACAACGACUGGAAAGUUUACAGAAGAUCCGCAUCAAAUAUGAUGUAGACUCCAGGAAGGUGUAUGUCGUUGGUGAACGUGACUUUGUCGAGAGAGCCAUCAUGGAAAUAGAGAAUUUAUUAACAGCAGACUUAUCUCAAGAAAAACAGAAAGUUAUCAGGUUAUCAUGUUCCGAAGUUUUUCUUCUGGUGAAUUCUGACAUCGAGAAAGAAAUCACAAAACAAGUGAAAAACAUAAAGGUAUCAUUAAAUUUGACAAAAAAUGAAAUUCAGUUGUUUGGAAGUGAAGAGGCCUUGCAUUCCGCCUGUAUGGUUAUCUCCAGCGAACGAUAUGGCAUCAAAGAGAGACUUGUAGGCAGCUUGUCUCCAGAAAAACGAUAUCUGAUUGGACUAAGUAGUGCCAAAAGGAUUCUGGGUCAAAAAAUCAGGGCUUCAAAUGCCCUGUGUUAUAUCGACACAUCAUCUGCUGAUGCAGUCAAGUUAUUUGCAUUCACAGAAAAUGACUUAAAUAAAUCCCAGAAUCUUCUGGAAACAACAAUUAUUGUUAAAUACAUUGAUCUCCAAGGCGAUUUUGAAGGUUCAAUAAGUCCAUUGGAGUAUAGUUCUAUGUUUAGACAAACAGAGAGCAAGUUUGCCGGUCUUGUUAAAAUUGAAUACGUGCCGGUGGAGUUCGCGGUUCGGAUUGUAUGUGUGGUGGAUCACAUUGAAACAGUUAUGAAGGAGGUUGAAAUUAUUCUCUCCAGGAGCCAAACUUUUGAAGUGGUAGACCUAUACAGACCUUGUAUAUUUAGAUAUCUGUUAAAGACCAAGGCAGAUGACAUUAAAGCCCUUUCUCAGAAGAACGAUGUUGUUUCUCUGACAAACUCCAAACUUUGUGCCCUCAGGGUUAAAGGCAAAUAUGAUUCUGUUCUACAUUUCAGAGAUCAGGUUGCAGACGUUGUACAGUCUAUCGCAUGGAAACAACAUCACGUGUCAAUACCCUCAAAGUAUAGACAAAGUUUUACUGAUAUAUGUUUGGCAUUAGAAACUCAGAUUGAUUGUAAAAUGGACGUUGUCAACCUGAAAUGUAUCACAGACGUUCAAGCGAUAGGUAGAAAGAUAAUUGUAAUGGCAGGAAGUCUUAAAUACGUUGAAUGUGACGUCAUGGUUGUUUAUGCAAAUAAAGAAUAUAAGCCAAAUGGUAGACAAUCAAAGCUGGUAUAUCAAGCAGGUGGGAAGUUGAUUUUGAAGGAAUGCAGAGAGAACACAUCAGAAGCCGGGGAGCCCGUGGAUUGGACAGUGGUGUCAACGGGGGCCGGAAAGCUAAGGACCUGUAUGUCUUUGUUACACAUCAUCACUCCAAAAGUAAGAUCUCAAGUCCCACUAGAGUCUUUGAAGACAGUUUAUCACCUCUGUCUAAGUACAAUGGAGAAACAACGAUUCCGGUCCAUAGCUUUGUCCUGUGUUGAUGGUGUUACAAUGACUCAACAGGUGAAAGCCUUGGUUAGUGCAAUCAAUGAGUACUUUGAACGUUUCCCUGAGAGUGGAAUAAGGACCAUCAUAUUCUGUGACCAUAGACAGUCUGCAAAUUCUUUUCUGGAUGAGUUCAUGGCGUCCAGACCGUCCUGGUACUGUUUUCUCGAGAGUCAUUUAAAACACAACGUUACUUCGUGUUCUAUUAAACCAGGUUGUGAGUGGAAUAAGACUCCAAGUAUAAAUCAGUCCUCAUCAUUUACAGUCAAAAUUGGACAAAUUACUGUUCAUGGAAUGUUAGGGGACAUAACUGAUACCAGGGUGGACGCUAUCGUUAACAGUUCUAACAAAUUCCUGGACCUGACCAAAGGUGCGGUUUCUCAAAACAUUUUAAUCAAAGGUGGAACCUUACUGGAAGAUGAGCUGAAAUCAACAGAAAAAUGUCGGGAGGUCGAUAAGCAGGGUUUGGCAGUGACUACAUCCGGUGACCCUUCUCAGAUCCCGUGUUUGUUUAUAUUCCACGUGGAUGCAGUUUCCGUCAGCAGAUCUUUUAAAGUGUCUGUUGCUUGGAAAAAGAUGGUUCUGAAAUGUUUACAAAAAGCAGAAGAAAUGAAAUUGUCAAGCCUAGCAUUUCCAGCUCUAGGCACAGGGUCUUUACAUGGAAAUAUAAGGACAACAUCGCAGUUCAUGUUGGAGGCUGUAGAAGAAUUUGCCAAAAGAGGAUCUAUCCAUCUAAACCAAGUCUAUAUCAUCGUUUUGGAUCAGUCUGUGUUGAUGGAGUUACAUGACACAAUGCGUGAUCGAUACAUUGAUAACAUGAGGUUAUGGCACCCUGAGUAUGAAGAACAGAUGACAGGUGAUGUUCUGAUUUGUGGAGAAUCAAGGGAAGCAGUGAAUAAAGCAGCACAAAGCAUAAACACAACAUUGUUUGCUAUCCACACCAACACGUGACGUAGCAUACAACUCAUUAACGCAGCACCGUUCGUCAUCCACAUCAACAUCUGACGUAGAAUGGCGACAUUCAUAAGGAUGUUUGACAUAAGCUAACAAAAAUCAUGAACAAGAAAAAUUGAUCAGAUUGAAGAUAACAGUUCUAAGGGACAGGAUUUUUUUUGCUGUAUUUCCUAUCGUUUCGUAUUUAAUAUGUCUUAUGACAUCGAAUACAUUAGACCACUUUUUC